AUGAUAUAUGGUCAAGAUAUUGAUGAAAAUCCCAUGAAUGAUAAUAUAUUUGGUUUAUCUUCUAGUAAUGAUGAUUGGUUCUCAGAAGAUUUUACAAAUAGAUUAAAUGAUUUUGCUCCGGGUAAUACUGUUUCAUUUGCAAAUCUAGCAAAUAUUAUAACAGAUAGUCGAACAGCAACUGAUGCAUAUGAAGUACAAUUUAGUCCUCGUAUAACGGAUUUUUUUGAUAGUCAAAUAUUAAUUGGACAACUGAGUAAUAUAAAUCAAAUAGUUAAUGUACAAAUGAGUUUUCAUAAUGAUGAUGGUGAUAUUAUACGUGAUAAAUUUGGUAAUCCAAUUGCAUAUACAUCAAAUCGUCAAGAUCUUGGACAUGUUCUAGACAUAUUACAUCCAGAAAUUCCUUUUUCUUAUAUUAGAUGUCUUUUAAGAUUACAACCAAAUUCAAAUUUUGAUCCACAUAGUCUUUUUUUUCAUUUUGCACAACGAUCUCCAUUAGGAAAACCAACAAAUGACACAUAUGUAAUCACGGGUCCAACUUCAUUUUCUAUUGAUACAAAUCAACAAAUAUAUAAUGUAUCUGCAAAUUGUCCAUUGGGAUUAACUUGUAUGUGGUUAUUAGAUAAUGAAGUUAUAUCAGGCACACCCAAUACUACUGUUGGAUUAGUAUUUAGCCCGAGACAUGUUGGCAAUCGAACAUUAACGUAUGUCGGAUAUUCUGCAAAUAAUCCUCAAAUAUUAGCAUCACUUCAACUUUCUAUUUUACCUAGUUCAAGUCCAGAUUGUAGUCCAUUACCGAGAGCUCCACGAAAUAUUUGGUUACAAGCUCGUCCUAUGAGUACUCCACGUGUAUACUUCACAAUGACAUAUCUUUCACAAAGUGGUUAUUUGAUGAUGGCUGGUGGAUCAACUGAUGGUUCAACUGGAUUAUCAUUGGUUGAUAUUUAUAAUCCAUUGACUGGUUGCUACAAUGUAUUAAAUAUGAGCUCUCCACGAAUGCGACAUAAAGCAACAUAUUAUAAUAAUUCUGAUGCAGUUCUUCUUAUUGGAGGUGUUCGAAAAAAUAAUGAUGUUAUUUCAGCAUCUGAAAUUAUUUCCAUUAAUGCUACACAAGUUCAUUAUCCAAUGACUCAACCACGAUAUUUUCAUGAAAUGCAUAUUCUUAAUAAUUCGAAUAUUCUCAUCGUUUCUGGUCAAGGAUUGAUUAAUAAUUUAAUACCCUUAGAAAUGUACGAUCGUGCUUCAUCUACAUUUCAAACAUUGGCACCAUUUCAUUCGCGAUUACAAAAUCUUGAAGGUCAUUCAGUAACAUCUCUUGGUAGUACAGGAAAUCUUUUGAUUUUCGGUGGUUUCAAUGGCAGUUCAUAUUCCGGAGUAGGUUUGAUAUAUAAUGGAACUAAUUUAACAUCAGCUGGACCGUUCAAUAUCACAGCAUUGGACACUAUUAAUGACAUACCCGGACGUGCUCAUCAUCAAGCAACAUAUAUACCACUAAUAAAUGCAGUGUUAAUCACUGGUGGUGAUAAUGGUACACAUGCAUUGUCUGAUGCGUAUUUAUACGAUAUAGUUAAUCGAAAUUUUACUGCUACUGCUUCUAUGGGAAUUCCUCGUUCGUUUCAUAAAGCUACUCUACAUUCAAAUGGGUCAGUAAUUAUAACCGGUGGAGCUGUAGGAAUGUCCGGUAAUCAACCGAUAACUCCAACAAAUUCAGUAGAGAUGUACAAUCCAUCAACCAGAACGUUUACCAGUGCACCUCUUUUAAAUGUUGCACGAUAUCGACACCAGGCUGCUUUAUUUGAAGAUGAAGUUUUUGUUUCUGGUGGUAUAGGUUCUGAUGGUAGAACAUUAUCUAGUAAUGAAUAUCUAAUAUUUUAG